AAACUAGAAAGUUGUACCUUGAAUCAUAGAGGGUUACACCAAGGAUUUCUGUUUGUUUCCCGGGAAAGUGACAGAAAAUGGCUACCAUCACUGAGGAACCAAUGCUUUCUAGGAUUGACCGUUUGGAUAAUAUGUUGAGGCAAUUGGAGGAAAUUAGAGGGUACAAUCGAUCUCCAAAGAGCUCGUGUGCAUCCACUCCCACAAGUGGAAGUGAUGGACACGUGUCAUCCAUUGAUUUCUCCCCAAAGAGCUUAGAGAAGCACUGCCGUCCGAUUGAAAACGUGAUGAUGGAGACCGAAGUCAAAGGAACGAUGAUAGAGAGACUCAAUAAAGUGGAGGAUCAGAUGCUAAAGGUUUGUUUGCAGGUGGAGGAAGAGUGGGAAGCAAAGAGGACGAAAGUAGAAGAGAAGAGAAUUAAUAGCCCAAAGAAGGGUUUGAAACAGUUUGUGAAGCAAUGUGUGAAAGCUAAGGGAAAACACAAUUAUAAAGAAGCAUGAAUGAAUUAUAACAACAAUUGUAUAACAGCUCCAACUGUGACAAUGUUGUUUUCUAUUUCAAUAUGUACAUUUAUUGUUCGUUUUGGGGAAUGCUCAAGUGUGUGAAGGUGUUUUUCUUCUUUCUAGUUCUGGUUUCCAUUUUUGAUUCUUUAUAUCUAGGUUAUAAUAAUAUUGUAUGAUAGUAGUAUUAAUUUCAUCU